AUGAAGAAAUCAAUUAAGUUAGAAUCAUUAAUUGCUUUAAUAUUUCUAGGAAUAUUUGUUUAUCGUCGUUUCAUUAGUCCUUCUUUCAAGCAAGUUCAACCAAAGCAUUUUGAUGAAAACGAAGACCCUAACGAUUAUUUGCCUUUUCCAUCAAAAUAUGAUCCUCAUGUAGAUUACGAUGAACUUGCAUGGAAGGUAUAUUACGAAUCGCAUAAGAGGGAAGAGUUUGCUGAAGAAAUAAAAAAAUAA